GGGCGGGCCGUGUUGGAGUUGUGCGCUUGCGCAGAGCGGACGGCCGCCUCCGGGGCCGCCGUCGCCCAUGUCGGCUCCGUUCGAGGAGCGCAGCGGGGUGGUUCCCUGCGGGACGCCCUGGGGCCGCUGGUACCAGACGCUGGAGGAGGUGUUCAUCGAGGUGCAGGUGCCGCCGGGCACCCGGGCCAAGGACGUGCGCUGCAGCCUGCAGAGCCGCCACAUCGCGCUGUCCGUGCGGGGCCAGGAGCUGCUGCAGGGUAAACUUUUUGACUCUACAAUAACUGAUGAAGGAACGUGGACAUUAGAAGACAGGAAGCUGAUACGAAUUGUUCUAAUGAAGACGAAUCGAGAUGCUGGAAACUGUUGGACAUCUCUGUUAGAAAAUGAAUAUGCUGCUGACCCUUGGGUACAGGACCAGAUGCAAAGGAAACUUACACUGGAGCGCUUCCAAAGAGAGAAUCCUGGAUUUGACUUCAGUGGGGCAGAAAUUUCUGGAAAUUACAGCAAAGGAGGACCAGACUUUUCUAGUCUUGAAAAGUAAACUGUUUUUAUCCGCGUUCCUCGAGAGGAAUUACACAUUACACUUAAAAAUUGACAUGGCGUAACUGGUGAGAACUACAGCGAUCUCUUCAGUGGAUUGUUGUCAAGUAAUUACUUCAGUGAAGAGAAAGGAGGUCUCUUCCAGUAGAAUGAAGACAAGGUGUUACCAGCUGAUUUAUAAGCUGAAAUAACUUUCUGAUACUAAGGGGCAAACUAUAGAGAAAAGUCUAAAUCAAGAAGUAAAAUCUCUAAGCAGAAUGUUGGUUUGGUUUUGUUUGUUUUUAGAAACACCAUAGUAAACUAGUCAGUUAUAAACACAUCACUUGUCUUUAUGCAAGACUAUCUUAUUGACUGUUGAAAAAUAGAUCUUAUAAGCAAGAUAUUUUCUCUUAAAUUGCAACAGGAAGGCUACUAGGAUGGCUAGUUACACUUUCCCUCUGUAGUAGCUCUCCGAGAAUCCAUAAAUGUCAUUCUGAAACAGUGGUUUAAAUAAAUAAACUACUGCAUCUUGCUGCAAUUAAGGUUUUACAAUCCACUGUGCUGUCAAAUAUAGCACUAAUCAUUAAUACUUGCUACCAGGUAAGUGAUACUAGAAAACUGAAAGGUCAGGUGAAAGUCUGGAUAUAAAUAAUUUUAUGUGUUAAUGCAAUACCUUUCAGUAUAAAUAUUUAAGAUUUUUCACAGUAAAAAAAUAUAAUUGACUUUUGAAAGUAAUAUGAAGCAGCCAAGUAGAAAACCGUAUCUUGCCUCUAUUCAUUACCAACAUACAGCACAAGUUGUUCAUACUGUAUCCAAGAAGCUCUAGAUUUUUGUAGAUAAUUAAUAGCCACAUUAUAAACUCAGCUAGUGUGUGAUGUAUUUUGCAUGAGCCAAUUAUAGAUCAGGAAUUUCCUACUCAUUGUUAAAGAUGCAGCUGAGCAGCACUCCAACCACAGCAUCACGCAGAAUGAAUGCUGUGUCAAACAGACUAAUGGAGGAGGAAAACGUGAUUGCCAAAUCCUAUUGUAUUCUGAGCUCUGAAACGACUGCCUAUACUUCAGUCCUAAGCAGAGGUUUCACUGGAGAUAAAUUGCCAGCAGCUGUCUGUCAUACUGCUUAUUUCUAAAACCGUUUCAUUAUUUCAGUUGGCAUAUGGCAAAAAUAAAGCAAUAGUUGAGGAAGAA